AUGAUGCCAGUGGAAAUGGUCCAAAAUAAGGAAUUGCACUCCUACCUCAAGCGAUUGGAAAAUUACAAAGCGGAAAUCAAAGAAUCUUCUAAUAAUAUACAGUUUAAAAUCAAGAAAGAAUCUGGCAGACAUGUGCCGAUUCAUGGAUUUAAUUCUGACGGAGAAAUACCGUUCGCGUCCAAUGCUUGUGAAUUUGUAUCAGAGCCCACUGGUAUUGCUGGAAUUUAUGCACGCACCUCAAUAGCCAAAGGUGAAGUCGUCAUUGCAGAGAAUCCGCAUUACUUUCAAUUCAGCGCGCCUUUUAUGAAUUGUGCAGUGUGUGCAGUUUAUCGAGAUCAUCUUUACACUUGCAGCAAUUGCCGAUAUGUUAGCUACUGUUCAUUGGCGUGCAUGCGAUCGGAUUGGAAUGAGCACAAAUUUGAAUGUUAUGGCUACAAAAUUGGCUUAAUACAAAUGCUGGAAGCGACGAUUCUAUUUAGAUGCUUUUUACAAGCUGCCCAAUAUUUGUUGCCGGCCAUUGUUAAUUUUACACAAAAGAAUGGGCCAAUUCGUGAUGCAACUGCUGCAUGGAAUUUUAUAGUGCAACACUCAUUGUCAGAUCAAACAAAAAAAACUAUAAUCAGAGAAUAUUUGUCCAAACAACCAAAUGGAAAGUUUUUGACAAACACAAAGUGUCGCCAGUUGAUGACCACCUCUCUUCGUCUGGCUGUCUUUGUACAUAACGAUAUAAAUAUAAAAGAGACUUGGUUUGGUCAGCUGGAACUGACCAAAGAUGAUAGCAUUAGACUGAUUGCCGCACUGUUUAUGCGUUUAAGAAAGUAUGGAAUCGACAAAGUUUUCGAUAAGCCAUAA